GUGUGUGUGUGUGUGUGUGUAGGAGAUAGCUCUGCAGCAGAUCAUGGCUCACCUUGACGCCAUCAGGAAGGACAUGGUGAUUCUGGAGAAGAGCGACUUCGCCAACCUGCGCUCGGAGAACACUAAGAUGAAGCAGGAGUUGGAGCAGCUGCAGAUCCGACUGAAGGAGGAGAGUCAGAAAGUCCGAGCAGAAACCCGACUGGACAUCAACCUGGAGCGCAGCCGCAUCUCGGACGUGUUUACAGAACAGGAGAAGAAGCUGAUGGAGGCGAGCAGCGAGUUUCACCACAAGAAAGCCGACCUGGAGAACGACAACAUGGAGAUUAACAGGAAGAUCGACCUGCAGGUGGCGUCGCUCAAAACGGUCCUCGAGUCCCUGAAGCUGGAGACGAUCCGCUACCUAGCAGGUACACACUGAACUACACAAUAUACUACACAAU